AUGGACGCCUCCCGCCAACCCUCAUCCAUCCCACCGGCCAAUCCCCCCAGCGUGGAGAUCGCUUACAAGCGCAAGUGCAUUGCUCUGAAAAAGCGUCUUGCGGAAAUCGAGGCUGAAAAUGAGUUGAUGCGUACCCGCAACCGUCGUGGCUCUCAAUAUAUCCAAAAAAUGCGCCUCGAGACCUGCAUGCUACUCGAACGUUUAGCCAAAGUCACCGGCAUGGCCGACGAGGCUAAGACCGGUGCAGCGAACCCGGAGCUGCGUGCCCGCGCCGCCGCCAUGAUGAACACCACCGGCUCACAGGGAGCAACAGGCGCACACCUGGAAGACGAUACUGAAGGUAGCUCUGAUGAGCAACCACGGACGCCCGAGGAACGCCCACUGCGCGUCAAGCGCUCUCGCAAGUCCAAUGCCGCCGGUCUCGAUGACCCUAUCGAUGAUCACCCUCAUGAUGGACACCCCGAAUCUGCUGAUCCUGCCGGUGCAGCCCUACCCCGUCUCGCACCAGCGCCUACCCAGGAGUCCCUCACCCACUCCUUCCGUGUGCAGACAGGCAGUGGCGGCUCUGCUGACCAGACCCCCGCCGCCGUCGAAGCCGGUUCUGAAAAUGGGCCUAUGCCUAUGGAUAUGGAUAAGGAGGAGCCGAAGGAGACCAAGGUUGAGCAGUUCUAG